AUGGGCCAGGAGCUGUGCGCCAAGACCCUGCGGCCCGGCUGCAGCUGCCAUCGCUGCUGGGAGGGAGGCGAGGCGCGCAGCUGUCAGCGGAGAGCGCCCGCGAGGGCCGAGGCUGCCAUCCAGCUAACGGACCUAAAAGAAGCACCAUGUUCCAUGACUUCAUUUCACCCCAGGGGAUGUCAGGCUGCCCAUGCCCGGAAGUUCAAGAGUAAAAGGCCACGGAGUAACAGUGAGUCUUUUCAGGAAGAGGAUCUGAGGCAGGGCUUUCAGUGGCCGACGAAGAGCCUCCUCCCUUUUGGGGCAGCCUCAUCCUACUUGAACUUGGAGAAGCUGGGUGAAGGUUCCUAUGCUACGGUUUACAAGGGGAUUAGCAGAAUAAACAGACAACUAGUGGCUUUAAAAGUCAUCAGCAUGAAUGAAGAGGAAGGAGUACCAUUUACAGCCAUCCGAGAAGCUUCUCUUUUGAAGGGCCUGAAACAUGCCAAUAUUGUGCUCCUGCAUGACAUAAUCCACACCAAAGAGACACUGACAUUCGUUUUCGAAUACAUGCACACGGACCUGGCCCAGUACAUGUCUCAGCACCCGGGAGGGCUGCACCCUCACAACGUCAGGCUUUUCAUGUUUCAACUUCUGCGGGGCCUGGCGUACAUCCACCACCAACACGUUCUUCACAGGGACCUGAAACCUCAGAACAUUCUCAUCAGUCACCUGGGAGAGCUCAAACUGGCUGACUUUGGUCUUGCUCGGGCCAAGUCCAUUCCCAGCCAGACAUACUCUUCAGAAGUUGUGACCCUCUGGUACCGCCCUCCUGAUGCCUUGCUGGGAGCCACUGAAUAUUCCUCUGAACUGGACAUAUGGGGUGCCGGCUGCAUCUUUAUUGAAAUGUUCCAGGGUCAGCCUUUGUUUCCUGGGGUUACCAGCAUCUUUGAACAGCUGGAGAAGAUCUGGGAGGUGUUGGGAGUCCCUACAGAGGACACCUGGCCUGGAGUUUCCAAACUACCUAACUACAAUCCAGAAUGGUUCCCACUGCUAAAACCUCAGAGCCUGCAGAACGUCUGGAACAGGUUGGGCAGAAUUCCGGAAGCUGAAGACCUGGCCUCGCAGAUGCUGAAAGGCUUCCCUAGAGACCGCGUCUCCGCCCAGGAGGCCCUGGUCCAUGAUUAUUUCAGCUCGCUGCCAUCUCAGCUGCACCAGCUUCCCGAUGAGGAGUCUUUGUUUACAGUUUCCGGAGUGAGGCUGAAGCCAGAGAUGUAUGACCUUCUGGCUUCCUACCGGAAAGGCCACCGCACAGCCCACUUUAGCAAAUGCUGGUGA